UGCGCAGAGCCGGGCCGGGCCGGAGAGUUGUCGGCUGGGAAAUGGCGGCCGCGGGCUUGGUGGCUGUGGUAGCGGCUGCGGAGUACUCUGGCCCAGUGGCGUCCGGGGGAAACCUCUCCGGUGCGACCUGUGGGCCGAGCCCUGGGUUGGGCCCUGGUCCUGGCCCGGGCUCUUGGAGCCGCUCGGUCGACCGAGCCCUGGAAGAGGCGGCGGUCACCGGGGUGCUGAGCCUGAGCGGCCGGAAACUGAGGGAGUUUCCCCGGGGAGCGGCCAACCAUGACCUGACGGACACCACCCGGGCCGACCUGUCACGAAAUCGCCUCUCAGAAAUCCCUAUGGAAGCAUGUCACUUUGUUUCUCUGGAAAGUCUUAACCUAUACCAGAAUUGUAUUCGGUAUAUCCCAGAGGCUGUUCUAAACUUACAAGCUCUGACAUUCCUAAAUAUUAGUCGGAAUCAACUGUCAACACUGCCAGUCCACUUGUGUAACUUACCACUGAAAGUCUUAAUCGCUAGCAAUAACAAAUUGGUCUCGCUUCCUGAAGAAAUUGGACAUCUCAGACAUUUGACAGAACUUGAUGUAAGCUGCAAUGAAAUUCAAACUGUGCCUUCCCAAAUUGGUAAUCUGGAAGCCUUGAGAGACUUCAAUGUAAGAAGAAAUCAUCUUCUACGCUUGCCUGAAGAGCUGGCAGAGGUGCCUUUGAUACGGCUCGACUUCUCGUGCAAUAAAAUCACAGUGAUCCCUGUUUGUUACCGGAACCUCCGGCACCUCCAGGUGAUCACCUUGGACAACAACCCGCUUCAGUCGCCCCCUGCACAGAUAUGUAUAAAAGGCAAAAUCCAUAUAUUUAAAUACCUGAACAUACAAGCUUGUAAGAUUGCUCCAGAUCUGCCAGAUUAUGAACGGAGACCCUUGGGAUUUGGAUCCUGCCAUGAAGAACUGUACCCAGGCCGUCCUUACGGAGCCCUGGAUUCAGGCUUCAAUAGUGUGGAUAGUGGUGAUAAGAGAUGGUCAGGGAAUGAGCCUACAGACGAAUUUUCGGAUCUGCCUCUUCGAGUGGCAGAGAUUACCAAAGAGCAAAGACUGCGGAGAGAAAGCCAGUACCAGGAGAAUCGUAGCAGUGUGGCGGUCACAAAUGGUGGAGUGGAGCAUGAUCUGGAUCAGAUUGACUACAUUGACAGCUGUACUACAGAAGAAGACGAAAACGAUGUGAAACAACCCAAAAGCCUGGACACGAACAGUCUCAGCUCACAGUUUAUGGCAUAUAUUGAACAACGGAGAAUCUCACAUGAGGUUUCACCAGUAAAGCCAAUAGCUGUUAGAGAGUUUCAAAAAACAGAAGACAUGAAAAGAUACUCACAUCAAAACAGGGUUCCAGUUGAGCCAUCUUUGGUGUUAUCAAUGCCACCAAGUCACAAUCAGCUUUCACAUUCAGACUUGGAGCUUCAUCAGAGGAGAGAGCAGUCUAUUGAGUGCACUCGGAGAGAGGCACAGCUUGCUGCCCUGCAGUACGAGGAGGAGAAAAUAAGGACCAAGCAGAUUCAGAGAGAUGCUGUCCUAGACUUUGUCAAACAGAAAACAUCACACAACCCAGAGAGACAGCCGCUCCCUGGGGAUGGCGAGUGUCCCUUCCCAUCCAGAAGGUCCCAGCACACUGAUGACAGUGCCUUGCUAGUGUCGCUGUCAGGGUUGGAUGGAGUGAGCUGCGUGGCUACCCGGCCUCAUUCUUCUGCCUUCACACCUCUCAAGAGCGAAAACAGAGUUGAUGUCACCUCAAGCUUUCCAAUGACAGAGACAGUCCGUCAUUCCCCUGCGUAUUCCUUUCCUGCUGCUACCCAGAGAAAUCAACCCCAGCGCCCUGAAAGCUUCCUUUUCCGAGCUGCUGUCAGGGCAGAAGCUAAUAAAGGUCGUGCGUCCCCGCUUCUCCUGUCAUCUGCGCCUGCAACUGAUCCUACAGAUGCCAUAACACGACAGAGAGAAGAAGAGCUGAAAUUAAUAGAUCAGCUACGAAAACACAUUGAGUACCGGUUGAAAGUCUCUUUGCCCUGUGACCUUGGAGCAGCUCUAACUGACGGCGUUGUACUUUGCCACUUGGCCAAUCAUGUUCGGCCUCGAUCUGUCCCAAGCAUUCAUGUCCCAUCCCCAGCCGUGCCUAAAUUAACGAUGGCAAAGUGCAGGCGGAAUGUGGAGAACUUCCUGGAUGCUUGCAGAAAAAUCGGUGUACCCCAGGAGCAAUUGUGCUUGCCUCUGCACAUUUUAGAAGAGAAAGGGUUGGGCCAGGUUGCAGUGACUGUCCAGGCCCUCCUGGAGCUUGCCCCACCCAAGCAGCCGCCACCGCAGCAGCAGCAGCAGCCACCGCAGCCGCAGCUCUCUGCUGUCUGAGGACUCCCGGGGCCCUGCAUGUUGGCACCAUGAUGGCACAGCCAAAACAAGGAGCAGGAAGACGUGACUGCUGGCACUGCCUGCUCAGAGCGAGCCCGGUGUAUUCCUAGAAGCACUGUCUUCAUGGUUCCUGCCAGGAAUAGCGUGUUCCAUUUCUCCACUUUAGGGGAGAUUAAACCCAUUUCCACUAUUUUUAGUUUUGAAUGAAGACACAGCUUUUUAAGUGGAACUUGGAUUCCUGAAGACCUAUCAUGGAAGACUAAGCCGGCUGUGCUUUCUUCAUAGGGAGCAGGCUCGCUUUCCAUGCCAGAGCCAGUAUUUUCACAGUUUAGAGGACAGACAUAUUAUUAUCUCUGCCAGUUCCCAGGUGUCUACAGCUCGAUGGUUUCCACAACUGGACUUCAUUCUCUGGAGCAUUUGUGAAAUCCAGAUUUGCAUCAAAGGUUGGGAUGUGGCCAGGCAACCUGUAUUUCCACAGACAUUGUUUUUCUCAGGCAGUGGAGACCACUGUUUGAAGGCACACAGUUCUGUGGUUUGAGGGCACCACCCCUACUGCAUUUUCAACCACAUUUCAAUCAAAAGCUGUAUUAUGAUGACUUGGACUUUUCUGUCAAAGAGAGCAAAACCAUGGAGAAGCCCUAAGUUCUGCUCAGUAUAACAGGUAUCUAAGGCCAGUACCCAGGCCCUUCCCCAGGCUUGCCUACCACCACCCCAUCUUUUUCUAGACAGUGGUUCCUUGCUCACCCUGCUGUUUCCUGAACAGACAUACUCCACACACAGUUGUAAGCUCUGAAGUGUAGCAUACACUGCCCAGCAAUGUUUGCAUUUGCCUUGGUGAGCCCUGCGUUCUGAUCCCAGGCUCUUGGACCAGGCACAACAGACUCGGCUCCCUGCUCCUGGGACUGAACACAAAGCUGGGAGGACUGAAAGAAAGACGGUUCUUACAGCCCAUGCAGGUGACAGCCAGUUUCCAUAGCUACAAGAAAGCACCGAGAGCAGCUUCCUGUCUCUCAUCUGUCCCCUCCCUGAGACCCUCCACUGAGAGCAGAGAACAGAAGGUCCAAGGGCUCCAGCACAGCGGAGGAGCCUUCAUUUAAACACCGCACAGAGGCUUCUCUGCCCCAGAUUUUGGACUCUAGUUGUUGUGUCUUUGGUGUUUGCUGCAGUUAGAAUCCAAAUACAGUAAUUACAUAAAGCUGUUUGUUCGAUAGGGUUUUCCCUAUAUUUGUUAACUUUUGUGGGUUUCUUCCCAAGGCUUGCAUUUCAGGAUAGUAUUACCCUGCACGGCACUUAAAAGUAACUUUAAGACUGGACCAGGGUUCCAUCCCCAGCAUCACCUGAAAAAAGGUUCAGAGAGUCACGUGGCCUGUGAUUCCCAACAUCCCAAAAGUGGAAGCUGGAGGAUCAGGAUUUGGAGCCCACACCAGGCGAUGCCAAGCCACCGCCCACUGGGCUGUAUUAGACUUUGGCUGGAGAGCUGGCUCAGUAGGUAAGAGCACUUACUGCUCUGGCAGGUCAGGGUUCAGUUUCCAGCACCCACAAGUUGGUUCACAACUGCUUGUAACCCCAAGGGUCCACUGCACUCUACUGGCUUCUGCAGGUACCAAGCACACACAUGGUAUACAUUUAUACAUGAAGGUAAAACACUCAUGCAUAAAAGUGAGUAUUAAAAAUAUAUAUUCUUCCUCUGAAAGUGACUUUGAACCAAAUCAUUUUGAAUAUCUAGUCAAAAUAAUGUUUCUCCUUGUUUGUGCAGAAAAGUGUUCAUUAGAACGCUGCCACUUUUAUUCAAGUUUCAAAGCAUGUAACAGCAGCCAGGCACGGUGGCUCAUGCCUGUAACUCAGGCGACUAGAGCUCUUGAGAAAAAGUAAGUCUAACCUAGAGCAUCGUGGUCCUCACCGAAGAGUAGGACCAGAGCUCGGAGCCCAGCCGUUCACCAGCAGACCACAGAGGCAGCCAGAGCCUGCUUAUGAGCAGCCAUGCUGCGGACUGCUGAUUUGUUUCCUCUAGGCAGCGUUAAACCUCAGCAUCAUUCCUGGAUUCCAGGUUUAAUUGUACAGAAAAUGGGCCCAGAAGACAUUGCAUAAUACAACACUUGCAAUGGCUACCACAGUUCCUAAGAGUAUGUUGACAUUACCAAGCAGGGUGGCACAAGCUUUUAAUCCCAGCCUUUGAGUGACAGAGGAGACAGAUCUUAUUCACAUACUGAGUUAGGACAGCCAGGGCUCCAUAGUGAGACCCUCCUCAGAAAGAGGAGGAGGAGGACAUUUUAACACUGCUGCUUUCCUGAGACCUUAAUGUACUAAGCAAACUAAUGCGACUUUGAAGGAUUAGGAUACAGUUGCGUAGUGUUGCGGGUCAGCACACAGCAAAUCAGUGCUUCUGUCGGGCCUUGUGGCUUCUUACAGGUUUCCAAAUUGGGAAGGACAACUCAUUUGGAUAUUUAACCUUGCUAGACCCCAGUGGGAAAUAAAGUUAGUCAUGUCAUUGUCCCCUGACCAGCAAUGGCUACCUUGCCAAGUGUCUGCCUGGCUCUGCCCUGCCACCCGCAGAGAUGUUAUGUCAGCAGUCUGCAGGCUGCCAGGCACUCCCGACCAGGCUUCCCCUGUAAUGAGCGGGUCUGAUGAGCAGUGGGUGGUUUCCAACCCAGCAGCUCUGUAAAUACAUCCUUGCAACUAAUGAAGGAGCCGCUGCUCCGUUGCCUCCUCUAGUCAGCAGUGACUAACAGUGUGCUAUGCUGGCGAGUCUCAUGGACUUUUAAGAACUAAGUACUUAGAUGGUUGUAGAAAUGAAGGAAAACUUGGUUAUUUAGAAGCCUUUUUCAUUGCAGUGAGAUGGUUUACAGCAGAUUUUAUUUCUGAAGUGUUAUAAACAUGUAAUUAAUAAAAGUUUUUGUAAACAUUGUCCUAUAUUUGUAUGUUUGUAAAUAUUUGUGUAAGUUCUAAGUAUAAAUAUGUCAGUACUGUGUAUGUUAUAUAAAUUGCCUGUAUGUCGUCUUAUAUGUGGACAUUAAAAGCCAAUAUACUCCAGUAGCAUGUAAUAAACACU